AUGGCGCCCGUGCAACCAAGUGUUGGCCCAUCUAGGGACGAGCCUAGAGUGUUUGGCCUUGACAAGUUCAACGGUGACAACUUUGCUGAGUGGUCCUUCAGAAUGGAGAACGUGUUUGAUCACUAUGACUUGCUGGAGGUGAUGGAAGGAACGGAGAAGCGCCCCGAGAACGACCCGGAGAAGAGCCCGUGGCUAUCCUUCAAGAGGAUUUCCGCCGCGGUGAGUUGGCGAGUGCGGAUGGCGCUGGGGCAGCGAGCAUCGGCCGUGGAUAUGGUCGAGGAAGAGGCAGAGGACAAGGGGGAGGAAGGUUUGGUGGCAGCAACUUCGGCGGAGGCCCCGGGAGUGGCGGUUACGGCAGCGACGACAAGAGCUACGGACGCGGUCGCGGCCGAUUCGACGGCGAGUGUCACUAUUGCCACAAGAGCGGACACAUGUGGCGCGACUGCUACAAACUCCCUGAUGGUUGGACCCCUGCUCAAGGCCAAGAGGGUAGAGGAGCAGGAGGAGGGAGAGGACGAGGCCGUGGAGGCCGUGGCGGUCGCGGGUGGCGGAGCUGCAAACAUGAAGAGCGGAGACAACGACAAGGACCCGAGCGACGAUCGAUACCCGGGUCUAUUCUACUUCGUCGAGCAGGAGGUGAAAGGCAUGGGGAAGGCCAUGUUCAAGGGUGCUGAUGGGAAGAUGGUGGGCCUCAAGAACGUGCUUUGGGUGCCCAGCCUUGCUGCAAACCUGAUUUCCGUGCGGCGGUUGGCAAAGGCCGGCAUGGACACGAACUCGAAGGGAGCCAAGACCUACACCGCAAGGCUUGGCGAUCGAAUUCUUUGGGACCUUCAUGAGGACAGGGAUGUCUACAACGAGAUGUGGCAGAUCCCAGUGGUCCCUAUGCCUAAGGAGAGGCAAGUGGCAGCAAGCAUCAGCACAAAGGAUGGAGCGGUCGGUAGCGACGAUGGCGCGAACGGUCGCGCUAAGGAGAAUGAGCUCAAGAAGAGCAAACCUGGAGGGACCAGCAAGUUCAGUGAACCUAAGGAGAGUGGUGCAGCAACCAAGGAGCAGCAAAAGGGUGAGGAGAACCCCGAGGCAGCAGCGGAGGAGGACUACGGAGAGAGUAUGUGGGGCGCUGUUGCGAGCGCGGCAUUCUCCAAUCCAACUUCGGCUACGGGGGAGUGUGAUUGGCUCACCUUGCAUCGGCGCAUGGGGCAUGUGGCCCUGCCCAUCUUGCAGCAGCUAGUGAAGAAUGAGAUGGUUGCUGGCAUACGUGUGAAGGGGGAGCCCGAUGAGGUGCUUGGCUGCCCGACGUGCAUUCAAGCCAAGUUCACCCGGUUUCCGUUCCCUAGUUCGGAGGCAACGGCAAAGGCACCGCUUGAUGAGGUGGUGAUGGACGUGGUGGGCCCCCUGAAGCUUGGAGCUGCUGGAGCUGAGUAUUUUCUCACCAUUGUCCGACGUCUACACCCGCAUGACUUGGGAAGGAAGCCAAAGGUGGAUAUGCUUCGGGUGUUCGGGUGCAUGUGCAUGGCGCUCGUGCCUAAGCAUCUUCGGCACAACAAGCUUGGUGCCAAGGCGGUGGACUGCAAGUUCAUGGAGAACUUCAUGUACAAGGAUUGGGAGGCGGAGAAUGAGGCGAAGAUAGGCGUGCGGUUUGGGGAGGUGAAGAGUUCCGGUUUGGAGCAUGUGGAGCUGCCUUUGGAGCUGAGCAGCGGCAGCACAACCACAAGGCAAUCCUCCCUUGUGAAUGGGGGAGAGGAGGCCAAUGAUGCAGAGGAAGAAGAGGAGGAGGUGCAGCAAGUGAGCGAGCGUGCACCGUCACUCCCUUCCCGUACUACGAGUGCUCCACGGAUUCGAGCCACACCGCAGCAACGCCAAGGCCUUCAAGUCCCUGCAGCUGAGGAGGAAGGAAGGGGGAAGAUGAGAGUUCAACCCCCUAAUAGGCUGACCUAUGAUGCGCCGGGAAAGCAGGGCAAGACAGCCCUGGCCGGAGUGGCAAUGAUGGUCGGAGACGACGAGGAGAGUGACUACGAGGAGUGUGCCUUCGCGUUCUUCUCUCCGGUGGAGAUGCCGGGAGAACCAGCAACUCUCAAGGAGGCUUUGGAGAGUAGUGAUGCUGAGGAGUGGAAGAAGGCCAUGGAGAGUGAGCUGAAGAGCAUCGAGGAGAAUGACACGUUUGAAUUGGUGGAGCUACCGGAGGGGCGUACGGCGAUAACGUCCAAGUGGCUCUUCAAAAUCAAGUCGGAUGCCGACGGCAAGAUCGAGCGCUACAAGUCUAGGCUUGUAGCCAAGGGGUACCAGCAGAAGGAGAAGGUGGACUUCAAGGAGCUGUUUGCCCCUGUGGUGAAGCCGACGACGCUGCGAACCCUAUUCGCGGGAGCCGCCAUCAAAGGAUGGGCAGUAAAGCAAAUGGACAUCGUAACGGCAUUCCUUAACGGCAUCCUUGAGGAGGAGAUUUUUAUGGCGCAGCCAGAGGGGUUUGAUGAUGGUAGUGGCAGAGUGUGGAAGCUGAAGAAGGCCCUCUAUGGGCUGAAGCAGGCCCCUAGGCAAUGGUACAUGAAGCUGCGCGAAGUGUUGGAGGGGAUCGGCUUCACUCCCUCAACGGCCGAUCACUCCUUGUUCAUGCUUGGCGAGGGGGAGCAGAGGAGCUUCAUCGUGGUGUACGUGGACGACAUCCUGAUCUUCUCACCCUCUCCUGACCUUGUGAAGGAGGUGAUGCUGAAGCUGCAAGACAAGUUCAAGUGCAAGUCCCUUGGUGACGUGAACUUCUACCUUGGGCUCCACAUCGAACGAGACGUGGAGAAGCGGAGCAUGCGAGUGCACCAACGGAAGUACCUGGAGGCGUUGGCUGCCAACUUCGGCCAGAGUGAAGGUCAUGUGGCUACUCCCUUUCCCUCUGGGUUCAAGUGUGUGAAGGGGCCAGAGGAGGAGAGCGUUGGAGAAGAGGAGAGGCGCCGAUUUCACUCGUUGGUGGGGCAGCCUCAUGGUGCCAUUGCUCUUGCUAAGAACCCUGUGUUGCAUGGACUCACGAAGCACAUGAGGGUGAAGUGGCAUUGGACGAGGAGCAUGGUAACCGCGGGUGAAGUUGAGUUGCGCUACGUGAAGACCACGGGGCAGCCGGCUGACAUGAUGACCAAGAGGCUGGUGGAGCAGCAGCAUUGGAAGUGUUGCAAGCUGGCUGGGAUGGCUCUGAACUGA